UUCCCUCUUUCACAUUUUGGUUAGAUUUUAGUUUCUCAGCUCACCUCACCGUACCUCAUUUUGAAUAAUCUAUACUCGCACCAAUCCUCUCACCUCAGCUAUGGCGGAUUCUGCCCAACUCGACUCGGCUGAUCCGCCACUAGCUCCGCCUUCACCACCGCCUUCGCUUCCGCUGCAGCUGAAUGGAAAUUCUGAUCCUGCGACUCCACUUCCAAGCAGUACCGAUGGAGGAAGUGAUAUUUUGGAUAAUUAUCCUCAAUCCAAUGGCGUCGCGAUGAAAAAAUCAGCUAAUCGGAGAGUGGAGACCCUGAGGACCUCAGAGGAUCACUUUCGCCGGCGUUCGCCAAGACUGACUGGAAAUGUUGCAGGUGAGCGCUCCGUUAGAGAGGUGAGUUCUCUCAAAUUGGAUGGUCCGGAUGAGAUAUAUCCGCCGCUUAAGAAGCCUAAAGGUGGAAAGCAGGUAUCUUUCUUCAUCGGCGGGCCGGUACCUGAUGAUGAGGCUCGCCGCCGGUGGACAUGGCGGUAUGAGGGAGCUGAGGGAAAACAAAAUAAUGAACUAUCACCAAAACAUAAGGUUGUUGUUGAUGAUGAUGAUGAUGGUGAUAAACUUGUUUCAAAUGUAAAGUGUCACUAUUCUCAAGCUGAAAUAUCGAAGAUUGUAUUUGAUCUCGGUGAUUGUGCCUAUGUCAAAGGCCCAAAGGGAAGACCUAAUUAUGUUGGCAAAAUUCUAGAAUUUUUUGAGACAAUGGAUGGUGAAAACUACUUUAGUGUUCAAUGGUUUUUUCGAGCAGAAGAUACGGUUAUAAAGAAUGAUGGAAGGUCUCAUGACAAGAAACGGUUAUUCUACUCUACUCUCGUGAACGACAACUUAUUAGACUGCAUAGUUUCAAAAGUUAAAGUUGUUCAAAUAAAACCAAAUGUUACUUUGAAAGAUAAUACAAUACCACCUUGCGACUAUUAUUUUGAUAUGAAAUACGAUGUCGACUACUCAACUUUCAGCUCAAUUUUAACAGAUGGUGACAGUGAGUUAUUUCCUCAUCCUUUGAUGAUGUCAUCCAAAGGCAAAUACGCAACCUCUAAAAUUUCCACCAAGUGUUCUUUGGAUGAAAAUUGUAAAUCUGAGCUAGCUUUACUGGAUAUGUAUUCUGGCUGUGGAGGAAUGUCCACUGGAUUGUGUAUUGGCGCUAAAGCGUGUGGCUUGGAUCUCGUGGCGAGAUGGGCUGUUGACAUUGAUGAAGCAGCAUGUGAGAGCUUGAAGCUGAACCAUCCAGAGACACAAAUAAGGAAUGAAGCUGCAGAAGACUUUCUUGAUUUGUUGAAGGAAUGGGAUUGCAUGUGCAGAAAAUACGGGAAGUAUGACCAGAAAGAACUCAGGUUAAAGACGGUUAGGGAAGCUGAUGAAGUUAAACUAUCAAAAAAGAAUCAAGAAAGUUCAUGUGAAUAUGAAGUGGCAAGGCUGAUAGAUAUAUGUUAUGGUGAUCCUUCUAAUUCAGGGAAGCGAGGGCUUAAAUUUAAGGUGCGCUGGGUUGGAUAUGGCCCUAGUGAUGAUACAUGGGAGCCAAUUGAGAACUUGGGAAAAUGCCCAGAGCACAUAAGAGAUUUUGUACAAAAGGGAAUAAAAGCACAAAUACUGCCUCGUCCGGGAGAUGUUGAUGUAAUUUGUGGUGGUCCUCCAUGUCAAGGAAUUAGUGGCUACAACCGGUUCCGGAAUUUCGAUUCUCCUCUUGAAGAUGAAAGAAAUCGCCAAAUAUUGAUUUUCAUGGAUAUUAUUGAAUUCUUAAAACCAAAGUUUGUUUUAAUGGAAAAUGUAAUUGACAUCUUGAGGUUUGCCAACGGCUGUCUGGCAAGAUAUGCUAUAAGCCGGUUGGUUAGUAUGCAUUACCAAGCAAGGGUUGGGAUAAUGGCUGCUGGUUGCUAUGGGCUUCCUCAAUUCCGCUUACGAGUUUUUUUAUGGGGUGCUCAGCCUCUUGAGGUGCUACCCCAGUUUCCUCUUCCAUCACAUGACGUGGUAAUCCAGUAUGGAUUUCCUAGUGAUUUUGAGCGUAAUGUUGUUGCUUAUGAUGAAGGAAAAUUCCGUGAUCUAGAAAAAAAAGUUCUUCUCAGUGAUGCUCUUUCUGAUCUUCCUCCUGUUGCAAAUAAUGAGAAACGUGACAGCAUUCCACUCAAAACAGUACCUGAAGCUGAGUUUCAAAAGUAUAUUAGAGCAGCUAAAUGUGAUAUGACUGCUUCACCUUCCAGUGUCACAACUACACAUAAGAAACCUGUUUUGUACGAUCACCGGCCUUAUCCUAUGAAUGAGGAUGAUUACCUGCGAGUCUGUAAAAUACCAAAAAGAAAGGGAGCAAAUUUUAGAGACCUCCCAGGAAUUGUUAUUGGAGCUGGCAAUGUGAUUUGCCGAGCGAAGGAGCAAGACUUGAUGCCAUCUGGAAAGCCAUGGGUGCCUGACUAUUGCCUUAGUUACCGCGAUGGAAGGUCCCAUAAACCAUUCGGACGACUGUGGUGGGAUGAGACCGUACCAACUGUUUUCUGUUUUCCAGAUCAUCACUCGCGGGCAAUUUUGCACCCGGAACAAGACAGGAUCCUCACUUUACGUGAAUGUGCUAGACUACAAGGCUUCCCCGACUACUACAUGUUCUCUGGAAGCUUGAAACAGAGAUAUAGUCAGGUCGGAAAUGCAGUAGCUGUUUCUGUUGGACGCGCUCUAGGAUACUCGUUAGGUAUGGCAGUGCAGAGGCUGAGCGGAGACGAACAUCUUCUCACUCUUCCACCCAAGUUCUCCCAUUCCACAACUGUUGAGUUGCUAUCUUUGCUCAACCAGUGAGUAGCAGAACUCAUUCUCUUGUUGUACAUUAGACCAGGAGAUCGACUCUCCAUAACUAGUGCAUGUUUGUAUGACAAUAAGCAGUAGAAUGCAGCCUGUCCUGUGCUGCAAAUGAGACUCUCAUCGAAUAUUGUGUUGUAUUACUACUGAAUUAAGAGAUUCGUACCACACUACAAGGAGUGAGUCGGACACUAAAUGUAUUCAUUUGUCGAUGUUCCUUUUUUA